CCUAGUACACGCUGCGUACCCGGCAGCAGAUUAGCCAUGGCGAUGGGUGGCGGCGGCGGCAGCAGCGGCGGCGGCGUCCCAGAGCCGGCAAACUCGGUGCUGUUCCGGCGCGGCACAGGCCAGAGUGAUGAUUCUGACAUUUGGGAUGAUACAGCAUUGAUAAAAGCUUAUGAUAAAGCUGUGGCUUCAUUUAAGCACGCUCUAAAGAACGGUGACAGUUCCGAAGUUUCAGAAAAACCAAAAGGCACACCUAAAAGGAAACCUGCUAAGAAGAAUAAAAGCCAAAGAAAGAAUACCACAACUCCCUUGAAGCAGUGGAAAGUUGGUGAAAAAUGUGCUGCCGUUUGGUCAGAAGAUGGCUGUGUUUACCCAGCUACCAUUGCUUCGAUUGACUUUAAGAGAGAAACCUGUGUUGUCAUUUACACUGGAUAUGGAAACAGAGAGGAGCAAAAUCUGUCUGAUCUACUUUCCACAACCUCUGAAGUAGCUAAUAAUAUAGAACAGGAUGCUCAGGAGAAUGAAAAUGAAAGUCAAAUUUCAACAGAUGAAAGUGAGAACUCCUCCAGGUCUCCUGUAAAUAAACCAAAUAACAUCAAGUCAAAAGCUGCUCCAUGGAACUCUUUUCUCCCUCCACCACCCCAUAUGCCAGGAUCAGGUCUGGGACCAGGAAAGCCAGGUCUAAAAUUCAGUGGCCCACCACCGCCACCCUUCCCGUCAUGCUGGCUGCCUCCAUUUCCUUCUGGACCACCAAUAAUUCCACCACCACCUCCUAUAUGUCCAGAUUCUCUGGAUGAUGCUGAUGCUUUGGGAAGUAUGUUAAUCUCUUGGUACAUGAGUGGUUAUCAUACUGGUUACUAUAUGGGUUUCAAACAAAGUCAAAAAGAAAGAACGUGCUCACAUUUCAAUUAAGGAGUUAAUUUAUAUACAAUAAAAUGCACAGAUUGGGACUUCUCUGGUGGCACAGUAGUUAAGAAUCCGCCUGCCAAUGCAGAGGACAUGGGUUCAAGCCCUGGUCGGGGAAGAUCCCACAUGCUGCGGAGCAGCUAAGCCCGUGCGCCACAACUACUGAGCCUGCACUCUAGAGCCCGCGUGCCACAACUCCUGAAGCCCGCGCGCCUAGAGCCCGUGCUCUGCAACAAGAGAAGACACUGCAAUGAGAAGCCUGAGCACUGUGAUAAAGAGUAGCCCCGCUCACCUCAACUAGAGAAAAGCCUGCAUGCAGCAAUGAAGACCAAACGCAGCCAAAAAUUAAAUAAAUAAAUAAACUUUAAAAAAAUGCACAGAUUUAAAGUGAAGAGUUUGAUCAGUUUUGAGAAGGUAUACCAUUGUUACUACAUCAAGAUAAAAGAACAUUUCCCUCAGUCCAGAAGUUCCUUUGUACCCCUUUCUAGUGAUUCACCACACUUACCUAUCCUGGCAAUCACCAUUCUGACCUCUGUGAAUAAAGAUUAGUUUUACUUAGUUUAGAACUGCAAUCAUACAGUAUGUUCUCUUUUGCACAGGAUUGUUUUAAAUUAUUAUUACUCGUGGGUUCAGCUAUUGUCCUGAGAUUAUAUAAUGCAACAUAUUUUGAAGACACCAAGUAAUAUAGUUGGAGAAGCUUUUGGAGAAACUAAUUUCUUUUCUUUCUUUCUUUCUUUUUUUUUAAAUUUUUUUAAUGGAAGUAUAGUUGGAUUUACAGUGUUUUAGGUGUACAGCAAAGUGAUUUCAGUUAUACAUAUACAUGUAUGUAUACCCAUUCUUUUUCAGAUUCUUUUCCAUUAUAUGUUAUUAUAAGAUAUCGAAUAUAGUUCCCAGUGCUAUACAGUAGGUCCUUGUUGUUUAUUUUAUAUGUAAUAGUGUGUAUCUGUUAAUCCCAAAUUCCAAACUUAUCCCUGUUCCCCCUUUCCUUUUUGGUAACCAUGUUUGUUUUCUAUGUGAGUCUAUUUCUAUUUUGUAAAUAAGUUCAUUUGUAUCAUUUUUUUAGAUUCCACAUGUAAGUGAUAUCAUAUGAUGUUUGUCUUUCUCUGUCUGACUUACUUCACUCAGUAUGAUAAUCUCUAGGUCCACCCAUGUUGCUGCAAAUGGGAUUACUUCAUUCUUUUUAAUGCCUGAGUAAUAUUCCAUUGUAUAUGUAUAUACCACAUCUUUAUCCAUUCAUCUUUCAAUAGACAUUUAGGUUGCCUCCAUAUUAUGGCUAUUGUAAAUAGUGCCACUAUGAACAUUGGGGUGCAUGUAUCUUUUCAAAUUAGAAUUUUCUCUACAUAUAUGCCCAGGACUGGGAUUACUGGAUCAUAUGGUAGCUCUAUUUUUAGUUUUUUAAGGAACCUCCAUACUGUAGGAGAAAGUAAUUUUCUGAGCUUCGAAGUUCUGAUCCUUUCAUUACUAGUUAUUGUGACACAUAAAUUGACCUUUUAUAUUUUAAAAUGGCAUAUAAUUUAGAGUUGAGCUGCAUUCCACUUUAAAUAAAACUUGGUUUCUAGGCAGAAGAAAGAUGUGAAGCAGUGUACCUGAAUAUUAAUGAGUCUUUGUGUUUAGAUAAAUACUUCUGGUUAGGAGUAAAUAAAAUCUUACAUAUAUAUAUAUAUAUAAAAGAUAGCAUAGCUACCUUGUUUGAUACCACUCAGUUGUUAGGGGAGCAGGAAUUUAAUUUGAAAUUUGUUUGCAUACAAACUUCAUGUUUUUUCCAGCUAAGCUGCUGAUCUGGAACGUUGUACGUUGUUUGGUAAAAUCUGGACCCUGUAGUUUCCCUACUCUUGCCAUUACCUGUAGGUAGAAUUUUGACUUCUAGGAUAUUGUUCAUUUUACUUUUACUGCAAAAUUUGUAAUAAAAAUUUAAAUAAAAUUUAUUUUAAAAAAUCUUACUUUAUAGAACUUGGUUUCAGUAGACUCUUAGCUCUGUGUUAGUUGGGUUUUUAUUGUAAAGGAAACUAGAAACUGUCACAUCAUAUUUGUCUUCCCUUUACAAGUAAUAAUAGCUAUAUUUUUUGAAUGAUUACUGUGUGUUGCUAGGCAUUGUUAUUUCAUUGAAUCUUUUUUUAAAAAAAUAAAUUUAUUUAUUUAUUUAUGGCUGUGUUGGGUCUUUGUUGCUGCUCACGGACUUUCUCUAGUUGCAGAGAGCAGGGGCCACUCUUCAUUGCAGUGCGCGGGCUUCUCAUUGCAGUGGCUUCUCUUGUUGCAGAGCACGGGCUCGAGGUGUGCAGGCUUCAGUAGUUGUGACACAUGGACUCAGUCGCCCCGUGGCAUGUGGGAUCUUCCCGGGUCAGGGAUCGAACCCAUGUCCCCUGAAUUGACAGGCGGAUUGUUAACCACUGCGCCACCAGGGAAGUCCCUCAUUGAAUCUUAAUAGCACUCUCAAGUUAGUUACUAUUAUUCCCAAAUGACUUGCUUUGGACCACAUAGUAAGUGGUAGAACUCUGUAUGACUUCAGAACUCUCUCCAGCUCUUAGCCCCCCAGCAACUGCUUCUGCCAGGCUCUGUGGUGUCUUGUCCUACACGUGCAUAAUUUAGGAUUUGGGCAAGGACCUAACUGGGAAUCCUACACAGAUUUCUGGGGCUCCUUUAAGUCCCUCCUCUCUAGACCUUACCUCCUCAAAUUCCAUCUGCCUUAUUCCAGAGCCUAGACUCCAAUCCCUGUUUCUUCCACCCACUCAGGAAGAACAGUACUCUCUACUCAGGCUCCACCUUUCAUGAUGCAGUUUGGAAAUUGUGUCCAGCCAAAGGGGGUGAAUGCAAAGCUCACCUGUUUCCCUUUCUCAAGAAUCUCACCCUGUGCUCUCUGUUGCCCAAUGCCUGGAAACAGUUGCAUCAUAAAUUGUGCCCAGUUUUAUAACCUAUCACAGGAAAACAAGUACACUACCAGCUAUUCCUCCUAUUUUUAAACAAACGUUUUAUCAUUUUUUUGAAUACUUGGUUGGAUGGCACAAUUCAUUGCAUCACCUUUUCAUUUUGGAACAAUUAAUUUUCAGUUGGAUGAUUUCUGAAAGAUUAAUCUGUUGUGAUGGUUAAAACAAAAUGUGCUAAACAAUGAUAUUACACUCUAUCUCUCAAGUACAUAAGGUUCAUAUGUCAAAUUCGGGGUUAUUGGGAUGUAUGUGUAUGUGUGUGUGUAUAUAUAUAUAUACUUCUCUAUGACAGUAGUAGGUCUAUUUUGGGCUUUUUUUGUUUAACUGUAGUUCCGUAGAAUUAUUUUUGUGAAUUGUUGAUUAGUUUCAUGUAUUGGGCCUCAUAAUCUAAUUAGUGCUGUAGAUCAUCAUGUGUUGUCAUAUUGCUUCCCCAAAAGAAUAAAUAGUUACUAAAGCCCUCAUCCUUUACACUUAUCGUAA